AUGACGUAUUCCGAGCGUGUGUCAACGAGCAUUCAAUUGACAUAUAAAAAUAAUAAUGAUUACAGUUUACAAUUCACUCGUUGGUUUUUAAUGCUAAUCGGUAUUUGGCCGCGAAUGAGCACGGCAACGAAAGUCGAAAAGCUCUCUUCAUACGUGCAUAUUCUCGUCUGCUCGUCCUUGAUAGCAAUUGUCGUGGUGCCGUUUUUGUUAUAUAUAUGGCUGGAAGAGAAAGAUAUCGAGAUAAAAUUGAGCAUGAUAGGUCCGUUGAGCCACUGGAUUAUGGGCAUGAUUAAUUACUGUUUGCUCCUCGCACGCAGCAACAAUAUCCGCGAAUGCGUGCGACACAUGGAAACGGAUUGGAAACUGGUUAAAAGAAACGAGGAUCAACAGGUGAUGCUGCAACAAGCCAAGAUCGGCCGUUUCGUCGUCGUAAUCUGCGCGAUAUUCAUGCAGAGCGGCACAUUUCUCUUCGCUAUACGCAAAUCGCUGACUACCACAAUUGUCAUUGUCAAUAAUGAGACCAUUUCGAUGCGUCUAAUGGCCUGUCCAAUUUACAGCAAGUUUAUCGAUACGAGGUUCAGCCCCGCGAACGAGAUCAUGCAGGUUGUAGAAAUAUUAUCGACUUUUAUAGUUAAUUCUGUUACGGUAGGCGUUUGCAGUCUCGAUACGAUCUUUGCUAUGCACGCGUACGCUCAGCUGAGUGUAUUAUUUUUGUGGCUAAACAAACUCAUCGUGGACAAAAAUAAUGGAAACAAUUUCGCUCAACGAAGACUGGCUAUUAUAGUGGAACAUCAUUUGAGAGUGCUGAGUUUUAUAUCGCGUAUGGAGUCUAUUAUGCAAAAUAUCUGCCUCGUGGAAUUGCUGAGAUGUACAAUGAAUAUGUGUUUACUUGCAUAUUACUUUAUUACGGUAUGCUAAAAAUAAGAAAGAAUUGGGGUACAUCUGAUAUGACAAAAUUGCUAUCAUUUGUCAUUAUAUACUUAUCUGUGUCUUUCAAUAUUUUUGUAUUUUGUUACAUGGGUGAGAUCCUUACAGAACAGGUAAUAAUUUGAAUUUAAGUCAAAUACAAUUAGUGACUAUGCAGGCAAUCUAAAAGAUAAAUCGUAAUUUGUAUUUUUUACUAUGUUUCUAAAAUAUUUUUUAUAUCUCUAAACAAAAAAAAAAAAUCUUUUAAAUUUAAAUUUAUUAGUG